AUGUCCUCUCAUCCAGCAGGCAGGACACCCACCAGUCCCCUGUACCCCACCAUGUCCUCUCAUCCAGCAGGCAGGACACCCACCAGUCCCCUGUACCCCACCAUGUCCUCUCAUCCAGGAGACAGGACACCCACCAGCCACCUGUACCCCACCAUGUCCUCUCAUCCAGCAGACAGGACACCCACCAGUCCCCUGUACCCCACCAUGUCCUCUCAUCCAGCAGACAGGACACCCACCAGUCCCCUGUACCCCACCAUGUCCUCUCAUCCAGCAGACAGGACACCCACCAGUCCCCUGUACCCCACCAUGUCCUCUCAUCCAGCAGACAGGACACCCACCAGUCCCCUGUACCCCACCAUGUCCUCUCAUCCAGCAGACAGGACACCCACCAGUCCCCUGUACCCCACCAUGUCCUCUCAUCCAGCAGGCAGGACACCCACCAGCCACCUGUAUCCCACCAUGUCCUCUCAUCCAGCAGACAGGACACCCACCAGCCACCUGUAUCCCACCAUGUCCUCUCAUCCAGCAGACAGGACACCCACCAGUCCCCUGUACCCCACCAUGUCCUCUCAUCCAGCAGACAGGACACCCACCAGUCCCCUGUACCCCACCAUGUCCUCUCAUCCAGCAGACAGGACACCCACCAGUCCCCUGUACCCCACCAUGUCCUCUCAUCCAGCAGGCAGGACACCCACCAGCCACCUGUAUCCCACCAUGUCCUCUCAUCCAGCAGACAGGACACCCACCAGCCACCUGUAUCCCACCAUGUCCUCUCAUCCAGCAGACAGGACACCCACCAGUCCCCUGUACCCCACCAUGUCCUCUCAUCCAGCAGACAGGACACCCACCAGUCCCCUGUACCCCACCAUGUCCUCUCAUCCAGCAGACAGGACACCCACCAGUCCCCUGUACCCCACUAUGUCCUCUCAUCCAGCAGGCAGGACACCCACCAGCCACCUGUACCCCACUAUGUCCUCUCAUCCAGCAGGCAGGACACCCACCAGCCACCUGUACCCCACCAUGUCCUCUCAUCCAGCAGACAGGACACCCACCAGUCUCCUGUACCCCACCAUGUCCUCUCAUCCAGCAGGCAGGACACCCACCAGCCACCUGUACCCCACUAUGUCCUCUCAUCCAGCAGACAGGACACCCACCAGUCUCCUGUACCCCACUAUGUCCUCUCAUCCAGCAGACAGGACACCUACCAGUCCCCUGUACCCCACCAUGUCCUCUCAUCCAGCAGACAGGACACCCACCAGUCCCCUGUACCCCACCAUGUCCUCUCAUCCAGCAGGCAGGACACCCACCAGUCCCCUGUACCCCACCAUGUCCUCUCAUCCAGCAGGCAGGACACCUACCAGUCCCCUGUACCCCACCAUGUCCUCUCAUCCAGCAGACAGGACACCCACCAGUCCCCUGUACCCCACCAUGUCCUCUCAUCCAGCAGUCCCCCCCUUCCUUCCCCCAGGCAGCCUCUGUCACCUGGGCAGCAGCUGGAGCGAGGCGGCUCCCCUCUCUGUGCCCACUGUGCCCGUGCCAGGCUCACAGCCUCUGGCAGGAGGUGGCAGUGAUGCCAGGUGA